AUUAUUUGCUAUAUUUAACCCCUUGCCCUACGAUUUAAGUUCCAACAGCGCGUGUCGUAACCAUCGGCAGUGUCGGUCAAACGUCGAGCUAUUUGACGGUCUGGUUGAGCGUUCGAAGUUGUGCAAAAUACUACUAAUUUUAUGCUGCAAAAUGUUUCAUAAAUAAUUACUACCAACUGAUCAUCGAACAAAAUUUUUAAGGGUAUCUUUCUAAUAUUUUUCCAGAAAAUAUAUCUGCGCGUCCAAAUGCGGUCAAGAAAAAAAGAAUGUUUGUCGCAUGUAGCCCGAAAUCUAACUCGUGUUUCUUAUGUUUGGCCCGAAAGACGCACCAUGAAUCUAGCUCGACAUUGUAGGUUAAGGGGUUAACGAUAAGACAUACCACGACAGAUUUAGCGAUAUUCGCCACUGAUUUGAAAGCGCAAUGAUGAGAAAAAAGGAAAAGGGUAAUGAGACAACUUUCCUUAGAAUAAUACUUUCGAACGAUUAUUAUUAAGCGCGGUAACUUAAGAGUUUGUACUUCGAGAGAGAGAGGGGGGGGGGACAGACAAACAGACAGAAAGACAGAGAUAGUGAAUGAGUGAUUGAGCGAUUGACUGUUGAGUGAGUGAGUGGGUGAGUAAGUGUGUGAGUGAGCGAGUGAGAGAAAUGUGGUUGUUGUUGACUUUUGCUCUUUUAACUUUUAUUUUCUUUUCCAAGAAGUUUUUAUAUUAACUACACUCGCAAACUGUGGUUAUAUAUGUACAACAAUUUCAAUUCGAAGCGCUACUUUCAGAUAUGCAUAUAUAUUUUCUUUGGUGAUUCUUCAUCUUAAUAUUAGUACACAAUCACGACCGGAUAUUUUACUUACAAUAUGCAUUUCAAGAAAAUAUAAAAAGGCAUUGCAAAAUUGAAAUGAUUAAAAAAUUUGUUUAUAUUUACACGUAAUUUGCACGUGGCUCUUGCCUCGAUUUAUGUGCACAUCCACAUAUGUGCACGGGCUCUCUUUCUUCCUUCCGAUACAAAAUAGACAUGUUACUGAAAUGAACAUUCGGUAUUUUUCAUAAAAGCAAAACAUACUUGUCCAAAAGCUGGAAAAAUCGCAUAUAUUGAUGAUGCGCGCAAAAGAGAUACCUUAUUAGCGGGGAAAAAGAUAAAGGGAGAAAGAGGAGGAAGAAAAGAAAAAAAUCUCACAAUCCGUUAUUCGAAUGCGCGCGCGCGUAUAUAUUUACACACGACUCUUUCACAUUACUAUUGUCUAUUCACUAUUCACUUUUUCAAACAAGCUCAGAAGAGGUAUUUCGCGGUAAUAAUAUUAGGUGAAAUUCAUUUAAACAUUCAGUUCGAAUAAUUUCCUUAUGUAAGCGCUUAGGACUUGAGGCGAUUUAAUGUACAGAUUGUCGGUUAUGUUGGGAAAGAAAUAAAUGAAAACAAUUACGCUUAUUCUUCGCUAUGGUGUGCUAUGACUGAAUAAGAAAAUAAUAAUUCAAUUUCAUAUAACAAUAGCAAACUAUCUUCGCCAAUCUUCAUUAUUUUAAUGAUGGUGAAACAGUAACUGAGAGAAGUAAAACAGUAACUGUAAAGAAAUUGUAAAAAAAUCGAAAAGAUAUAUAUAUUUUUUACUGCAUCACAUAAACAGCGGCGUAAAGUCGCUUAGCUUUGCGAUACUUGAGAUAGCAACAACUACAUACAUAGCACUGACAUUGGUGAUGUCGUUGACGUCGUUAAUGUUGAUAUAUAUAUUACGAUGUAAAGCGAGAAACGCUUAGAGAAAAAGGUUUGCUAGGGAAAACUGUAAUGAUUGUUCGUCGUUCCAAUUAAUAAUUAAUUAAUAUUUUGCUGACAAUUAAUCGCUUUCAUGUUUACACUGUACAACUUUCUUCAUGAUGUAGUUACAACCUUUUAUUUACUUUGAUUUUACUCCCUCAUCUUUCGUCUCUUUAUGUUAAAAUUUUCAUUCAGUUUCUGUCUGUUUAUUUUCUCUUGUUACAAAUUGCAAAAAUGAUUUUCUAGUAAUAUUUUGUGGUAAUAUAUUUAUACAAUAAAAAAUGAAUUAAACAUUUUCCUAAUAAUUGCAUAUCAUUCCACCAACAAAGAAUCAAUUUUUUGGAAAAGAACCAAUUCCAAAUGAUUAAUACAUUUGUAAUACAAGUCUAUUCCUUCAUAAUAUGUUGCAAUUUUUAUUUUGUAUUCACGAUUUACUCUAUCAAACGUCUUAAGGGCUAGGCAUCUGUUGAAUUAUUAAAAAGAAAUACUUCUAUCAAUAUUUUUAUGCUUGUUUCAUACCCCAAUAGUUACCAACGAUUCGUCUUCUUUUUCUACCUGUAUACGAUCGGUUAAUAAUUGCAUCACAGAUACAUCACAGAUUAAUGUUUCGAUUUUUUAAGCAAACUAAAUGAACCUGAAAUUAUGAAUUAUACCUUAACAUUAACAAAUUUAUCAUUGCUCAGCAUACUUAUGCAAAACUCUUGUGAGAGCAUUCAAUGCUGAUAAUCUAUCAAGAUCAACUUUAAUGCGUGUCUGUAGAAUUUUUUGCAAUGCGUUUACAAAUUUCAAAGUAGAUAACACAAGUAUGUGUAACAAUAUGUAUAAUACAAUAUUCAUUAAAAGCAGUUAACACGAUAUAAUAAUAAUAAUAAUAAAAUGUGUAAGAGUAUACGUAAAGUAUACAAAGAAAAAGGGGAAGAAAAGAGACCAAGGGACACGAAUUCCGUAAGAAUUUUGUAUUUAAGUAUGUAUAGGUACGUAUAGGUUAAAGUUAAAUGAUGAAACGUAGGUAAAACAGGAUGUAUUAUUCCUUUGUAGAUAGAAAAUUUAUUUAACGUCUAUUAUUGAUAAUCUUUACUUUGAUUAUUAUCUAAAAAUGGAUUUGAAUUUAUCAGUAUGAUUUUGCAAUUAUCGAUGCAGAUGUAAAUUUGUCUUUUAGACUUAUUAUUGACACAUAAUUGUUUAUUUCGCGUUAUGGAAAGUUAAUUCUAUCUCAUUGUAUUAUGUGUCCCAAGCGAUUUUUAAUUAAUUUAAUCUGGAGAAAUGCCAGAAAGUUAUGUAAGGACUUUAAUCAUCGAUAAAUGAUAAUUCAAUGUUGUGAAAAUACUCGAUCUGGCACUAUGUAUAAUUAUUCGAAAUUAUUGAAUGAUUUAAGAGAAACGUUAGUGCAUUACAUACGCACAUACAUAGGUGGCGAAAUAUGCUUUUCAUCAAACACUAACAUAUUCAAAUUGUACCUGGUUUCAUGUAGGAAGCAUCAGGAUAUUAUCACAACAUUACUUUAUCAUACAUAUGUACAUACUAUUAUAUAAAUUGUAUUGUGAUUACAGAGCGUGUGAUAUACAAUAAUAUUAUUGAAUAUUAAUAAUAAUUGAUUUUCCUAUACUUCUUUAUAUUAUAUUUGUCAAAUUGCACGCAUGAAACCGUAAUGAAAGGAAGAAAAUAAAUGUUCCAUUAUACAGGCACAAUCGACCGCAUUAUCGGAAAAUAAAUAAUGCUGCGCACGCUCCUUAAAGGGAAGUUGAUUUUCAUAGUACCCGGCAGCUAACGCAAGUCAUAACCAUAACAGAACGCUGUGAGGGGGUUGUUCAGUGUCGCCUUGACAGUAGCCGGAGUUGGAGUUGGAUCUGUUUUUCUUCUAUCGUAUUCAUGCGCGUUGUCUAACAGCUUAACCAACGAUCUACUCUAUUAUACAUCUUAGAUUAUAAUCUACUACUGAUUAUAUUUUUCUUCUGCUGACAAUGAGAUUGGAAUGCUAUGUAAAAAACAUACUUUUACGAUGCCAAGACGAAGGAAAAUUGUGAAAUUAAUUUAAAUUGUAUCUAACGUGGCGCAUAAAUUGCUCAAAACAAAACAAAGAGAAGGCGGAAAAGAGCUGACGAGAAAGGGAAGCAAGCAAAAACAAGAAUAUUACACAUUUACCAAUGGCUCCUUGAAUUAGCAUUUAUCUACUUUAUUCGCAUUCGCAUUGUAUUCCUAUUCAUAUUCGUAUUCGCAUUUGCGAUCUCGGAAUCAAAUUACAGCAAGUUAAAGAAAUUUUGUAAAAUGGCCGAUCAUGAAAGAAUCAGAUUGGUGGUAUUAGGUGGUGCCGGUGUUGGGAAAAGCGCAAUUAUACGUCGUUUACUUGGGCAAGGAUUUAGCGAAAGGUACAGGCCUACCGUCGAAGACCUCUAUUCGAGGGAAUGCGUUCUCGGUACGCUCACUCUCAAAGUCGAUCUUCUGGAUACCGCUGGAGAUUUGCAGUUUCCAGCUAUGAGAAGGUUGAGCAUAGCUACGGCACAUGCGUUUCUUCUUGUUUAUGCCACAACAUCGUUACCAAGCUUCGAAUGCGUAAAGCGAUGUUUCGAAGAAGUCAGAGAACAACGACCAGAUUUUCAGGAAGUACCGAUAGUCGUUGCGGGAAACAAAGUGGAUCUUGCAACGAUGCGAAGAGAAGUACCAAUCGAAGACGUGAGUGAAUGGUUAUUUUGUGAAUUGCCGAAACUUCGUGCCAAAGUAAUGGAAUGUUCAGCUAAGGACGAUUAUAAUGUCAAAGAUAUUUUCCGAUGUUUCGUCACUUUAUCCAAGAUAGUGCCAAAGAAUCAUGUUGGCGAGUCAGAUGAAUCGGCCCUUCGACGAAGAUGUUCGGCGUACGGAUCGCGCAGAAGCGAUCGAGUCGGUAGGUCUGGAAGUCCACAUGGCAGAACCGGAAGCGCCGGCUCUGUUGGCAAUUCUCAGCAACUGGUCGCAGCACAAAGUUCAAAUGUCGUCACUGUCAAUGAGGAAGCGAAGAGUAAGCCGCGCAGUCGUAGCUUGAUUCGACGCACUUCGCGAAAAACCAAACAACAAAUUAGAGACACUUAUACGGAUGACUGCAAUAUCUCGUAAUUUUCACCCUCUCUCCACUUCUCUCCCUCUCUCUCUCUCUCUCUCUCUCCCUCGCUUGCUCGCGCUCUUUCUCUUUCCCCCCCCCCUCUCCCCCUUCCAUCUAUCUACAGUACCGAACAAGAUUACAAGACAUUUUGCAUAUUUGAAUAUUUCAUACAUUUAAGAGAAGAAACUGUACACUUUAUACAUCCUAAAUGUUGCAUACUAUCUCCAGAGUGCAGACAUAAAAUCUUAAGUCCGUAAUAUGAUAUACAACGUAAAAGUUAGGAAAAGAAAUGUGAAUUUGGAUUAUAAUUUUGGUCAGACAAAAUUAUAAGAUACUUGGCAUAUUUUUCAUUUGACGAUUUUUUCAGUAUUUUAUCCGACUGCGAGCAUUUCAUCAUCUAAUUAUAAUAUUAGAAUUUGUUAUAAUAUUAUUUAAAAGAAAAAGAAAUUCUCACUCUUAUGUUAUAAGCACAUAUAUCAUAUUAUAUGAACUGGUUUUGUAUGCUCACUUUGGAGAUAACAUGCAGCAUGUAGGGUGUAUUCCCUUCUUUUAAAUAUAUGAAAUGUACGAUAUGUAAAUAUAUGAUAUGUACAAAUAUAUGAAAUGUCUUGUCCAAUUUUAUCCAAUACUGUAACCAUCUAUUUAUCUAUCUCUAUCUUUCUCCACCCAUUCCCUAUUUUACUCACCUUUUACGUGUAAUUGUUUAACUGUUUGUGUAUAUCUUGUCGCAAGAUUCGCUAAUGAAACGAUAUCAUAGUAUGUACUGCGAAUCGUGUACGUUCGAUCAUUUUCGUUUUCGCAUUAAAUAAGUAGCACAAAUCUGAUACGAUACGUAAAAGCACUCUCAUCUCGUAUGCGAUAGCAUUUCAUAAGAUAACAACAAAAAAUAUACUAAUGUCGAUAAAAGAUUUUGCCGCUCUUGGUCGUAUACAGUAAUUAUAAAAAAAGGACCAAAUUUUCCAGUUGUAAUAAUUAUAAUGUACUUAAAAACAAUAUUUCACGUUUUCUUUCCUCAAUUUUUUUAUCCUUAGAAAAAAGUAAACACCAAUGGACCAAUCAAAACUCAUCCCACUCUCCCUCUUCUCCUUCCUCUACUAAAGGAUUUUUAUUUAUUCAUAUUUUUUAUCUAUUUUAAUCCAUUCCGUCCGUUUAUACGUUGAUAUUUUCACAUCUUAAAAUGUGUAACAAUUGUCUGUUCGUCAAAAAUUGUCUGAAGCACUUUAUAUCAUUCUGUCUGUCAUAUAAAUGCGUGUAUGUACACAUGAGUACGUAUACUACUGCGCGUACGCUACAUAUCGAAUACCAUGUGUGUUAAAUUUAGAAAUGUGUAUACACCAUUAAAACAGUCCGAUAUCGGUAUAUGGAAAGCAUGGGACUAUUACGUAUAGUAUAUAAAACAAAACUUUCAAUAUUUAUAUCAAGUUGAUCCUUUUAAGUGAUCCUGCUUUAAUUCUUUCACCACGCAUGCAAAAGUUGUAUUUACUAAAUAUUUCAGCAAUGUCGACGAAUAAUGAACAGAAGAAUAUUUUUUCUAUUAAAUGUUCUGAGGGCUACUUUCAUGAGUUGAAACAUAUAUAAAUUUAACUAUGCUAUUACGGCAGAAGUA